UUAGGUAGGGGAACCUGAACGUGCUUUAUAGCGCUGCUGUGGGGGUAAGGUGGGUCGUGAAAUAUUAAAACCAUGAAAGCAAUCAUCCAGAGAGUGUCAAAAGCAAGCGUGACAGUGGGAGAGGAGCAAGUCAGUGCAAUUGGGAGGGGCCUGUGCGUUUUGCUGGGGAUAUCUGUGGAGGACACGCAGAAGGAUAUCGAUUAUAUGGUGCGUAAGAUCCUGAACAUGCGGCUGUUCGAGGAUGAGAACGGGCGGGCGUGGAGCCGGAGCGUGAUGGACCGCGAGCUGGAGGUGCUGUGCGUCAGCCAGUUCACCCUGCAGUGCCUCCUGAAGGGAAACAAGCCCGACUUCCACGCCGCCAUGCCCGCCGAGCUGGCGCAGCCCUUCUACGCCAGCAUGCUGGAGCACAUGAGGAGCACCUACCGGCCCGAGCUCAUCAAGGAUGGACAGUUUGGUGCCUACAUGCAGGUGCACAUUCAGAAUGACGGACCAGUCACCAUCGAGCUGGAGUCCCCUACCGGGCCCAUGGAUCCCAAACAGUCUGAGGAGAUGCUAUUGUUGGGACUUAAUGAACUACCCAGAAUCCCCGGGAGAUCUGACAUCUCCCGCGACCCCGACGCGUUGCUCGGGCCACACCUCUCUAGGGACCUGCGCGCUCUCUCUGCUCAACAUCGACGCCAUGCAACCAGCGGAGUCCACUGUCUCGCUGCCCUCUGCGGAAGGACAGGGGAACGCAGUGGACUUCCACCAAACCAUGUGGAACAAUGGCAGAGAGGAACAUCCCAGAGCAAAUUUUUAGUCCUUGGUCACCAUUUUUACAAUCAUUGUCCUAUGGCAUCUUGUAUAUAAUAUGUAUUUACAGCAUAAUAAUAUACCAGUUUGUGGGUUUGAAUGUAAACUUGGGUGUGUCCUUUUUUUAUUAAAAAAAAAAAGUCAAAACACCUGACAUCUUGUCUUUUUCAGAAGUUUGACUCAAAUUGCGCUGAUUUUUUUUUCGCAUGAUCUCUGUAAAUAAUACGCAGUGUUUUCUGUCUUCUGUCUUUGUUGUGUGUGUGUGUGUGUCCGAGACACACUCAGCCCUGCACUGGGGAGCGGGGACAGGGCCUUCUCACUAUGGAUAUAGGCUGGACACAAUAACAUAAGAUAUUUAAUUUCCCUCCAGCCUGUCAAAGGUAUGAGAGAGGCUUCCAUCAGAUGUGACCCUUUAGACAGGCACCACUUCAUACUGAUCAGGAUUCUCCCAUGUUUCACAUUGUUUUUUGUCCUAGCUAGCUGGUAAAUGUGGCUGCCUGCGUGUGCUGUGUGCCUGCCUAAUGUCACCGCAAUGUAAGGACUCCCAUCUGCUAAUCCAGCCUGCUAAUGCGGCCUCGCAAUAUUCCAAAAAGAAGAGAUUACACAUUCUGUGAAACCUGACCAGAUCAGCUCCGGUGGGACAGUCAAGAGAUUUACUUCAUUCUUAAAUGUGUUUGAAAAUUGUUUUGUAAAUG